CCCUCAGCCGUCUCCGCCUCCGAUCCCGCCCGCCAAAGUCUGCGCGCGAAAUCCCUGUGGCGCGAAUUUGGGUUUUCGGGUCCGCGUCGCUGAACGAGCGAGUGCGGCGUCCGGCCAGGUGACUCGAGAGACAGGUGGGGCCAUAAACACGUGGCUGGGGCUGGAGCUCGGGUCGGCGAGCAAGGCGGAGCGCUUAUCGCCGGUACAACAGAUGAGAACAAAAGAACAAGAGAGGAAAGGGGAGAAUUCUGCUGCUACCAUGCAGAGAAGCAUUAUGUCAUUUUUUCAGCCCACAAAAGAGGGUAAAGUGAAGAAACCCGAGAAGGAGACACCUGGAAACAUCAGAGAGAAGGGACCCCCUCCAAAGGUGGCAUUGAAGGAGAGGAAUCGAGUGGUACCUGAGAGUGAUUCUCCAGUGAAGAGGCCAGGAAGGAAGGCAGCCCAGGUCCUGAGCAGUGAAGGGGAAGAGGAAGAAGAAACCCCUGGCACCCCUAAAGUCCAGAAGCCUGUGUCAGACUCCAAACAGAGUGCUCCUCCCAGCCCUGACACAAGUCCUGAGAACAGUCCUUUCUUCACCAGCAGCCCUUCACUGGACUUCUCCUCGUCAGGAUUCCCAAAGCGUCGCACUGCUCGGAAGCAGCUCCCGAAGCGGACAGUUCAAGAUACUCCGGAGGAGCAGGAUGAGGACAAAGAUAGAGCAGCCAAGAAAAGGAAGAAGGAAGAAGAGUCAGUAACCCUGACAAAGACAGAGAACAUUCCAACGUGUAAGGCCGGAGUGAAACAGGAGCCUCAGGAAGAGAAGCAGAGCAAGCCUCCUGCCAGAGCUGCCAAGACACUCAGCAGCUUCUUCACUCCCCGGAAGGCAGCAGUGAAAGCUGAAGUGAAACAAGAGUCAGGUACUCCAAGAAAGGAAGAGACCAAGGGAACCCUGGAUCCAACAAGUUAUAAUCCUUCCAAGAAUAACUACCAUCCCAUUGAAGAUGCCUGCUGGGAACACGGCCAGAAGGUCCCUUUUCUCGCUGUGGCCCGGACAUUUGAGAAGAUUGAGGAGGUUUCUGCUCGGCUCAAGAUGAUAGAGACACUAAGCAACCUGUUACGCUCCGUGGUGGCACUAUCACCUCCAGACCUGCUCCCUGUCCUCUACCUCAGCCUCAACUGCCUUGGGCCACCUCAGCAGGGACUAGAGCUGGGCAUUGGUGACGGUGUUCUCCUCAAGGCAGUUGCCCAGGCCACAGGUCGUCAGCUGGAGUCCAUCCGGGCUGAGGUAGCUGAGAAGGGUGAUGUGGGGCUGGUAGCUGAGAACAGCCGCAGCACUCAGAGACUCAUGAUAUCCCCACCUCCACUCACCACCUCUGGAGUCUUUACCAAAUUCUGCGACAUUGCCCAGCUCACUGGCAGUGCUUCUAUGGCCAAGAAGAUGGACAUCAUCAAGGGCCUUUUUGUUGCCUGCCGCCACUCAGAAGCCCGGUUCAUUGCCAGGUCCCUAAGUGGGCGGCUGCGCCUUGGGCUGGCCGAGCAGUCGGUGCUGGCUGCGCUUGCCCAAGCUGUGAGCCUUACACCCCCUGGCCAAGAAUUUCCCCCAGCCGUGGUGGAUGCUGGGAAGGGCAAGACAGCAGAGGCCAGAAAGAUGUGGUUGGAAGAACAAGGAAUGAUCUUGAAGCAAACCUUCUGUGAGGUGCCUGACCUGGACCGAAUCAUCCCUGUGCUGCUGGAACAUGGCCUGGAACGUCUCCCAGACCACUGCAAGCUGAGCCCAGGGGUCCCUCUUAAACCAAUGCUGGCCCAUCCCACUCGGGGUGUCAGUGAGGUACUGAAACGCUUCGAGGAGGUGGAUUUCACCUGCGAGUAUAAAUACGAUGGACAACGGGCACAGAUCCACCUUCUGGAAGGUGGAAAGGUGAAGAUUUUCAGCAGGAACCAGGAGGACAACACAGGAAAAUAUCCUGACAUCAUCAGCCGCAUUCCCAAGAUUAAACUCCCCUCAGUCACAUCUUUCAUUCUGGACACUGAGGCAGUGGCCUGGGACCGGGAAAAGAAGCAGAUCCAGCCAUUCCAAGUGCUCACCACACGCAAGCGCAAGGAUGUUGAUGCAUUAGAGAUACAGGUGCAGGUGUGUCUGUAUGCCUUUGACCUCAUCUUCCUCAACGGAGAGUCCCUGGCUCGCCAGCCCCUGUCUCGACGCCGGCAGCUGCUGUGGGAGAACUUUGUGGAGACAGAGGGUGAGUUUGUCUUUGCCACCUCCUUGGAUACCAAGGACAUUGAGCAGAUUGCUGAAUUCUUGGAGCAGUCAGUGAAGGACUCCUGUGAGGGCUUGAUGGUGAAGACCCUGGAUGUUGAUGCCACAUAUGAGAUUGCUAAGAGGUCACACAACUGGCUCAAGCUGAAGAAGGACUACCUUGAUGGCAUUGGCGACACUCUGGACCUCGUGGUGAUUGGCGCUUACCUGGGCCGGGGGAAGCGGGCUGGCCGAUAUGGGGGCUUCCUGCUGGCUGUCUAUGAUGAGGAGAGUGAAGAGCUGCAGGCCAUAUGCAAGCUGGGAACCGGAUUCAGUGAUGAGGAACUGGAGGAGCAUCACCAGAGCCUUCAGGCCCUGGUAUUGCCCACUCCACGUCCCUAUGUGAGGAUUGAUGGGGCAGUGGCCCCAGACCACUGGCUAGACCCAAGCGUUGUAUGGGAGGUGAAGUGUGCUGAUCUCUCCCUGUCCCCCAUCUACCCUGCUGCACGGGGACUGGUGGACAAAGAGAAAGGGAUCUCCCUUCGUUUUCCUCGGUUCAUUCGUGUCCGUGAAGACAAGCAGCCAGAGCAGGCCACUACCAGUGACCAGGUGGCCUGUUUGUACCGGAAACAGAGUCAGAUUCAGAACCAGCAAAACUCAGACUUGGACUCCGACUUUGAAGACUGUUAAGCUCCCUGGUCUCCUGGGCUUGGGGUGGAGGUUGAGGGAACCUGGGUACUAUUGGACUGGUGGUGUUGCCUAUUGUGUAUGGGGACAUGGGGUUGGGGUCCUGGGGCUGGGAUGCUUCACUUUCUUCAAUAAAUGACUAUCA